GAGCCCACCUUUGAUCUGCUUUUACGUUGCCGCCUAAAACCCUAAAACGCGACCGACCUUGGCCGCUAUAAACCCCCGAUUUCACCGCCUCAGCGACCACCUUCCAAACGUUAACUUCCAUUCCUCGACCUCUGCUUCCGUUCGCCGCCUCUCGGGGUUUCCGCCGUCGUCAAACAUGUCGUACGACGGGAGCUUCUCCUGCGAAUCCGCCUUCAAACGGCUCCUCUCUCGUUGCCCUGCUCUCCGCUCCGAUCCCAAGCUAUUCUCUCUCCAUCAAAAGGGCGGAGCUGCCACUGCGGACGAUGUCGUGGCAGCGAUGGCUGAGCCGUUUCUUCAUCCAGCCUACACGAUUCCGAUCAUUGGAUGUUUCCGCCCACUCUGUCGCAGGAUUGCCGACAGGGCUGUGGCGAAGCUUCAUGCCGUCCCUUGCCUGGAGUCGGUGUCCGAGGAGGAUUCUGACGACGUCGGAGAGGACGAUUUGCACGUGAUCGAUUUUUAUGUCACCAGAGGGAGGGGUUUGAGGCUUCAUGAGCUGGCAUCGUUGGCCUUGUGUCGGGCGCUAGACUUGGCACCAUUUUUGUUGAGAUGCGUCUUGAAUUAUUUCAAAUUUUCUCCUCAACCAUUCGUACACCUUCAGUUGGUGGGUUUUUCUUCACAGCUCUCAGAGAAGGGUGAGAACCAACUGCUUGGUGCAAUUCGUGUAUCCUAUCGUUUUUUGGUGAUGGAACCUACAGUAUUCUCUGAACUAUGGGAUUGGACCUGUUUCUUAGACCUCAUGCAGCAGACUUCAUAUCUUUUGUCAGUUUGUGCUUCAUUACAGCUACAUAAUGCGCUUGACAUAAGAUGGUGUGGGAUUCAAAUUCUCUCUAUUGCUCUAAAAAUAAGUGAUAGGGCUAUUGAAAAUUUUGGCCUCGGUUCAGAUGAAGCUUUUGCAUGCUUACUUAGGUUUGAGGAGUUCUGUGAGGACACUUCAUUAGAAAAGGCUGGCUGUUAUUUCCAAACAGUUGAAGCAGAAAAGGACAGCUCUUCUGUUGGAAUUGAUAAUUUUAGUCAAUUGCUUGAGUCUGACUGUGAUUUUCUAGUUCCAUCAUCAAAUUCUUUUGAGAUUGAGUCUAAAAUGAGGGGUUGCCAGAACAGGGUUCCAUGCCCCUUUGUCUUGACUUCCACAAUUAAGAGGAGUUAUGAGAUGAUUCUGAUGUCUGUAAAUCAAAAGUGGCCAAUACUUCUCCAUGGCCCACCAGGUGCCGGAAAAACUGCUCUAAUUAAUAGGUUGGCAGAGAUGAGUGAAAAUCAAGUUUUGUUCAUUCACACUGAUGAACAAAUGGAUAGCAAAACAUUGAUUGGGAAUUACAUUUGUGCUGACCAACCUGGUGAAUUUCGGUGGCAUCCUGGUUCACUUACCCAGGCCAUUCUAAAAGGAUAUUGGGUUGCUUUUGAAGACAUAGACAAAGCACCAAGUGAAGUACAAUCAAUCAUAUUGCCGUUAUUGGAAGGUUCCACUACUUUUAUAACUGGUCAUGGGGAGGCAAUUAGUGUAAGUGAAAACUUUCGUUUGUUCGGGACAAUAUCAACCUCAAAGCAUGAAGUUUCUCAUGAGAUUAAAGGAAGGCUCUCAUUCAGUGCCUUAUGGAGGAAAGUGCUGGUUAAAGCUGCUAAUCGUGUAGAUAUGAUAGAUACUGUAAAUGCGUGGUAUCCAAGUUUGGAACCACUUAUCCCGAAACUUAUUGAUACUUACGAAAUAGCACGCUCUUUUGCUUCCUCCCAAUUGGGGGCAACCCAGGGUGGUGGGGUUGAUUCAUCUUGUGCUUUAACUAGGUUUUCAUUAAGGGAUCUUUUGAAAUGGUGCAAGAGAAUCUCAGAUUUGGAUAUUAAGAUCACCAUCUCUAAUUUUGGAUUGUUGAGUACUGAUUGUCAAGAUAUAUACCAAGAGGCUGUCGAUAUUUUUGCUGCUUAUCUCCCUUGUUCACAAAAAAGGCUGUUGAUGAUGAGAGAAAUUGCUAAGAUUUGGGGUGUUCCUCUACCAGAGGUGGAAAAUGUUUAUCCUCCUAACAAGCCCACCAUUCAGAAUGGACGGUCGGGUCUACGAGUUGGAAGAGUUGUUCUCCCAUUCACUCAGAUUGCAAACUUCCAUCCAAGUCGACCUUUUGUUGGUAUUCACAGUAUCUUGCAUGUUCUUGAGAGGAUUGCUUGUUCUGUUAAGCACAAUCAACCUGUUCUUCUAGUUGGAGAAACUGGUACUGGGAAGACAACAGUUGUGCAGAAUCUGGCAAUGAGACUUGGACAACCACUCACUGUGUUGAAUUUGAGCCAGCAAAGUGAUGUUGCUGAUCUUUUGGGGGGGUAUAAGCCCGCUGAUGCACGCUCAAUAUGCAUUCCCCUUUACCAAGAUUUCAAGGAAUUGUUUUGCAGAACCUUCUCCGAGAAGGAUAAUGAAGCCCUUCUUCGCCACUAUGAAAUAUAUGCUGUGCAAAGGAAUUGGAAAAAGCUACUACAUGCAUGUCAAAAAUCAGUUGAGUUUGUACAGAAGUGUGCUGGUAAGGAGGCCGCAAUAACUUCUGGCUCAAAGAGGAAGAGGCCUUUAUCUGAAAAUGUUCUGCAUGAGUGGGAAUCAUUUUCUUCAAGACUUGAUGCUGCACGUAAGCAGAUUGGCACCUCUGCGGGUGUCUCAUUUAAAUUUGUGGAGGGAGCUUUCAUAACUGCUCUAAGGAAUGGUUAUUGGAUUUUACUCGAUGAGGUCAAUCUUGCUCCUCCGGAAACUCUACAGAGAAUUAGUAGUGUUUUAGAUAGCGAGAAGGGUACCCUUUGUCUGUCCGAAAGGGGUGAUAUUGAUCAUGUAGAACGCCAUCCAUCCUUCCGCUUGUUUGCUUGCAUGAAUCCUGCAACGGAUGCCGGAAAACGAGAAUUGCCAUAUUUUUUCAGAAGCAGGUUUACUGAAUAUUUUGUAGAUGAUGUAUUGGACAAUGAUGAUUUGACUCUAUUUGUUACUCAAUAUAUGGAUGAGGAUAACACCGACAGAGAAUUGUCUAAAAGAAUUGUUAACUUUUACACAGCAGCCAAACGAGAAUCAGAAGAGAGGCUGCAGGAUGGGGCUAACCAGAAGCCACAGUUCAGUUUGAGGUCUCUCGCUCGUGCACUGGAAUAUACUAAAAUGGCAAAGAAAAGCUUUGGCUUCCAGAAAGCUCUUUAUGAUGGGUUUUGCAUGUUUUUUCUUACUUUAUUAGAUGGCCCCAGUGCAAAAAUUAUGCAUAAAAUGAUAGUUUCUUGCAUCUUGGGAGGAACUAUACCCAAAAAUAUUCCUUUUGAUGAUUAUUUCACUGACAGAUCGAAAUGUCAAGAUGUGCCAGAUUCGGAUGGUUUUUUGGAGGAUUAUAUCCUUACUAAAAGUGUCAAAGAAAAUCUUAGUAACCUAGCACGUGCAGUUUAUAUUAAAAGAUACCCAGUUCUUCUGCAGGGCCCAACUUCUAGUGGGAAAACUAGCCUUGUGCAUUAUCUUGCUUCAGUUUCUGGUCAUGAAUUUGUACGAAUCAACAAUCACGAGCAUACUGAUCUACAGGAGUAUUUUGGCACUUAUAUAACUGAUUCCCAAGGAAAACUUCAAUUCCAAGAAGGUGUCUUAGUAAAAGCUGUGCGUCAUGGACAGUGGAUUGUUUUGGAUGAGCUAAAUCUUGCUCCAUCAGACGUGUUGGAAGCCUUAAACCGGCUACUGGAUGACAAUAGAGAAAUAUUUGUACCUGAACUUCAAGAAACAAUUCCUGCACAUCCUAAUUUCAUGCUUUUUGCAACCCAAAAUCCACCUACAUUAUAUGGGGGGCGAAAAAUGCUGUCUCGAGCAUUUCGCAAUCGGUUUUUGGAAAUACAUGUUGAUGAAAUUCCUGAUGAUGAACUAACUAAAAUUUUGGAGUUGAGGUGUAAGAUUCCUGCAAGCUAUGCUUCAAAAAUGGUUGAAGUAAUGAAGGACUUGCAGUUGCAUCGGCAACACAGCAAAGUUUUUGCUGGAAAGCAUGGUUUUAUUACACCACGUGAUUUGUUUCGAUGGGCAAAUCGGUUUAGGAUGUUUGGAAGGACCUAUGAGGAUUUGGCAAAAGAUGGGUAUCUUCUUCUUGCUGAAAGACUGAGGGAUGAAAAUGAAAAGAACGUGGUACGAGAGACGUUGGAGCGUCAUCUUCGUGUGCGAAUGAUAAUGGAUAAGUUGUAUAGUGAAGAAGAUCAAGAUGAAACUUAUGCAUUAUCUGAAAACCCUGGAGUAAAGGAAAGCUUUGGAAGUAUCACAUGGACUAACAGUAUGCAGAGGUUGUUCUUUCUUGUUGAGCGCUGCUACAGAUUGCGUGAGCCUGUUCUUCUUAUUGGUGAAACUGGUGGUGGGAAGACAACUGUAUGCCAAUUGCUAAGUGUUUUUCUAAAGGCGAAGUUGCAUAUCUUAAAUUGCCAUCAGUAUACCGAGACUGCUGACUUCAUUGGGGGAUUCUAUCCUGUACGAGAUCGUUCACAAUUGGCCAAUCAAUUCAAACAACUGGUUGAGCAGAUCAAAACAUCCAAAUUCUUUUGCUUCUUUCCCAGAGAUGUUGAACUGUCAUCUGACAUUUCACAAGCUUCUUUGACUAUAAACGUUUUGAAUGACGUAAAGACAACCUUGCAUGCAGCUAUUGCUCCACAAGAUCUUGAUGUGUUUGAGCAGUUGAAAUUGGGUCUAAUGCAGCUCCAUCAGAAGUGGCAGACCAUAUUCCUUUGGCAGGAUGGACCCCUUGUGCAAGCAAUGAAGGAUGGAGAUCUUUUUCUAGUGGAUGAGAUAUCCUUGGCUGAUGACAGUGUUCUUGAACGUUUGAAUAGUGUCUUAGAACCUGAAAGGAAACUGUCAUUGGCUGAGAAAGGUGGUGCUAUUCUUGAGCGGAUAACGGCACAUCCAAACUUCUUCCUUCUUGCGACAAUGAAUCCUGGCGGUGAUUACGGGAAGAAGGAACUAUCGCCAGCACUACGAAACCGUUUUACUGAGAUAUGGGUUCCUCCUGUGAGUGAUAUAAAAGAGCUUACAAGUAUUGCUGUAGAGAGAUUCAUUAAGCCAGAUUUGUCAGGCUUUGCCAAUUAUAUGCUAAGCUUCUGGGAGUGGUUGAACAAGUUGCAAAUUGGAAGAACUCUUACAGUGAGAGAUCUAUUAUCAUGGGUUUCUUUUGUGAAUGUUGCUGAGCAAAAUCUUGGACCGAUAUAUGCUUUUCUCCAUGGAAUAUUUCUCGUUUUACUUGAUGGGCUAAGUUUGGGGACAAAUAUUUCAAAACAUGAUACCAAGAAGUUGAGAGAGGACUCUUUGUUGUUUCUUGUAGGAGAAUUGAAGAUGGCUGAUAGCACAUUGGUGCUGGUUGAUUCACAACUUACCAAGCUGGAAAACUAUGGUUGGGGUGAUGGUGUAAAGCAGAUGAGCAUUCUUACUUGCAAUAACAUUGAUUCAAAAGAACAGUUUGGCAUCAAUCCAUUUUACAUUUCUAUAGGUUGUAAUGAGUGCAAGCAUAAGGGGUUUGAGUUCCUGGCACCCACUACGAGCAGGAAUGUUUUGCGGGUUUUACGUGCAAUGCAACUUUCAAAGCCUGUGUUGUUGGAAGGAAGUCCUGGUGUUGGAAAAACUAGCUUAGUAGUCGCGUUGGCAGAAUAUUCAGGACAUUCUGUGGUGCGAAUCAACCUUUCCGAGCAGACCGACAUGAUGGAUCUUUUGGGAUCAGACUUGCCUAUUCAAAGGGAUACUGGAAUGGAAUUUUCUUGGUGUGAUGGCAUACUUCUUGAGGCUUUAAAGAAGGGAAGUUGGGUUCUUUUGGAUGAACUUAAUCUUGCUCCACAGUCUGUUUUAGAGGGUUUAAAUGCUAUUUUAGAUCAUCGUGCUGAGGUCUUCAUCCCUGAGCUGGGAUUGACCUUUAAAUGUCCACCUUCAUUUAGGGUUUUUGCAUGCCAAAACCCCUCACAUCAGGGUGGUGGCAGGAAAUGUCUACCCAAGUCAUUUCUCAAUCGAUUCACCAAGGUGUAUGUUGAUGAAUUAGAUGCUGAUGAUUAUCUUUUCAUUUGUCGAUCACAAUAUCCAUCAGUUCCUGAAACAGUUCUUACAAAGCUUAUAUGUUUUAAUAACCGACUUCAUGAGGAUACUAUGAUUUCUCGGAAGUAUGGUCAAGAAGGUUCUCCAUGGGAGUUCAAUCUGCGUGAUGUGAUGCGAUCGUGCCAGAUUAUGGAAGAUACCUCAAAGGAAGCCUCUAUGGACAGGUUUUUAAGUAUUGUAUACCUUCAAAGGAUGCGGACUGUGGCUGAUCGCCAUGAAGUCAUGAAGCUUUACACACAGGUGUUUGGGGUGAAACCAUCAGUUACUCAGUUUCCAAAAGUGCAUGUCAAUCCUAAUUAUUUGAUAUUGGGAAGCGCUUGUGUUGAAAGGAACCAUUUCCAACCUUCAAAAGUAUUAAAAAGCCAGCUAAAUAUACUGCCAAGCAUUUUGCAUAACUUAGAAGCUGUUCUUCACUGUGUUCAGCGGCAAUGGUUGUGCAUCUUGGUUGGGCCAUAUUCAUCAGGGAAAACAUCACUCAUUCGUUUACUUGCUCAUCUCACUGGAAAUGUAUUACAUGAGUUGAAUCUUUCUUCUGGAACUGAUGUCACUGACUUACUUGGUUGCUUUGAGCAGUACAAUUCUUUUCGUAGCUAUAGAGAUGUCAUCACACAGGUUGAGCGAUAUGUUAAUGAGUAUUUUGGCCUACGAUUGGAGCGAGAUUGGAAGGGCUUAAUUAAUGAAAGGAGGAAUUUAUUCUCGAAGUGGUUUGCAUUUCUGGCAUCGAAAAUUUGCAAUUCUCAUCCAACUUCGCUAUUUCCGCGAUUGUGGAAACACGAUUUAUGUAGCUCACUCAAUCUAUUGGUUGAGAUUAUUCAACAGCUGGAGCAUGAUCUGGAAAUGUUCGACUUACCUGUUUCAUGGUCAACAAAUGAUUUAAACAAGUUGGUAAAAACUCUGUUAUAUAUACAGAAAAAAGGGACAAUGAAGCCAUCAGCUAAUUUUGAAUGGGUAUCUGGAAUAUUGAUUAAAGCCAUCGAAAAUGGUGAAUGGGUUGUUCUGGAGAAUGCAAAUCUUUGCAAUCCCACGGUUCUCGACAGGAUCAAUUCAUUGGUGGAGCCCAAUGGUUCUAUCACAAUCAAUGAGUGUGGGCUUGCUGAUGGUAAACCUUUGGUACUUCAUGCCCAUCCAAAAUUUCAAAUGUUUCUUACUGUUGAUCCGAAGCACGGUGAGGUUUCUAGGGCUAUGCGUAAUAGAGGAGUGGAAAUAUUCCUAAUGCAGCCAACUUGGCUGCCUGAUGAAGAAGAAGACGAGGAAAUCAAUGUAAAUGAUGUGAAAAGGUUCUUAAUUUGUUCUGGUAUUCCUUGUAGCAAGUUGGUUUUAGCAAUGAGCAAGGCACAUAUGCAUGUUCAAAGUACAGGAUCAUGUCUUGGUGUGCGUAUCACUCUUCUUGAGCUCACACGCUGGGUUCAGCUAUUCCAGCAGUUACUUAUGAAGGGUAACCAGCCCAAAUGGAGCCUCCAACUAAGUUGGGAGCACACGUACUUGUCAUCUUUGGGUGAAGCUGAGGGAAUGGAAGCGGUUAUGCAAGCAAAACUCUCUUAUUUGUCCGAUACUGAUUGGUACAGCUUCAAUGAGCUGUCUGGAUAUUCCUUGCAUUUGCCAGGAGGAUGGCCAGCUCCUCUCACAUUGAGACAUUUGUUGUGGUACUCAAGAGAGACAUGUGUAAGACAAAAUUGCAUAUUUUUGGAGUUUUUGGCAUCGCAAUGUGCUUCAUUUAAAGCUAAUAUGAGCUGUUAUGGAAUGCUUCCAUCAUGCAUGAGCCAGGAAUUCCAGCCUUAUGUUUUACCGAUAAAUAUGCUUCGUCAUCUUCUGUUUCCAGAUCUUCUUUGCGAGCAUGAUGUCAAGGUUACAAAUGAUAUUGAACAGUUUGACUUGGCUCUAGCCAAUAAGAUGCUUUUCUUUGCUGCACACUGGUCACUGGAGCAGGCUACAGAAAGUGAUGUUGCAUUAUAUGUUUUAUUGUUCAAAUGGUACAGUUCAAAGGUGCAGCCAUAUUGCAAUUUUUUUAAUUCUUUUCUGAAUAUUCUUGAAAAAGAAAGAGAUCAUUCCAUUUGGAAAUACAUUCGCAAUUGUUGGAAGGAGGUAAUUUCUCAUUAUAAGAUUGAUAUUAGUGCUAGGCCCCUACCAGUGUUGUCUUCGGAGGUAGUUAGAUUGGCUUCAGAGGCGAUGUUGAAAAAUUGUCAUGAAUAUCUACACAAUGCAAUGAAUUGUGUGAGAUUGCUGAGUCUUACCUAUCAGCAAUGGACUAUGGAAAGGGAUUCUUCAUGUGGUGAAGAGACUUUGCAGUAUUUAUUGUUGCCAGUGCUGAACACUCUGAGAUGCUUGGAAGCUGAUGUACUUGAAGUAAUUGUGGAGUCGGAGAAACUCCAACUAAUAUAUGCUGAGCUUCUUGAAUAUCAUAUGCUGUUCUGGAAGAGUAUCAACGCAUCUGAUUAUGAUUUGUCGUCAGUAACUUGGAAUUUUCUGAGGAAGAAAGUUAUGAAAUUGCAGCCUCAUUUCUCAAAAGCUGUGGAAUCUAUAUUAGUUGAGAUUCAUAACCUGAACCAUAUUCCAAUUUGGACUUUUCACAUGGAAAAGCCCACCUUAUGGCGCUAUGGAGGUCAUCCAUUUUUGCCAGCAUCUGCUGAUGUCUUCUACAAGAUGCAGCAACUUCUGACAUUUUGUAAUGUGGUCUGGACGAGGACCAAGUUAUUAAGGCUAAAUUUUACUGAUAAUCUUGUGAUCAUGAAGACUGUUCUAUCAUCCGAUUUAGAUAUUCGACAGCUGGCGCUACAAGCCCUUUGCAUGUCAUCAUAUAUUGGAAAUAAGGGUGGUCUGGAUGAUGUCAACAUGGUGAACCAGAUUGAUGAGUUAUAUCAGGGGCUUUUACAACGUUUUGAACAUGAAAGGAGAAAUGUUGAGUUAGUUUUUAGCUCGGCUGCAAAAGAUACUGCUGCAGCAGUGAGAUGUUCAACUACUUGUUGCUCGUUCUGUUUGCAGGAUUUAUGUAGGAAACCUGGCUUUGAGGGUUGGUUGGUGACACUUCCGUUGUUUGAUGUCAUGAGUUUUUCCUAUGAUAUAGAGUUGUUUAAUGAAUUAUCUAGAAGUACCCUGGUAGAUUCUUCUGAACUUCAUGAGGUUCUCCUUAAAUCAUCUGAUCGACUUGUACAUGCUUUGAAUUUCUCGCUGAACUUGUCAUCAAGGCCACCUAGUGAUUUUACACCUCAUCAAAUGAUUUUGUGGAUUCUAGAUGCAUGGAAGUCGAUGGGUUCAGUUCAUGGAGAGCUUGCCAAUUUUCUUCUGGACAUGUGGUUCAAGUUUCAUACUUCCAUGUGGAGUUUUUGCUCGAAACAGUUCCUGAUGUCAAAGAGCCAUUUUGACGAAUCCUGCCUCCUUGUGCUUCCAUCAAGAACAGUGAUAAUCGACAAGAUCCUGCAAAGUAAUUCGUCUAUUAAGGACUAUGAUGUUCAUUGUUUGAAGCUUAGAGUUGCUUCAAGAAGUCUUUGGCAAGCGAGACUAUUGCAAGGAGAUAUGGUUUAUUUUCUUCACUCAGUCGCUGAUUCUCUUUUCAGACAGGUCAUAAAUGUGCAUUAUAAAUAUUUUGACAAAGAUGUAUUUAGCAAGAUCAAAUCAAUUCUUUGUUCAGCUUUUGGAAGUGGUACAAGGCAUGAAGAUAUAGAGAUUCUGAAGUCGCUCAUUUCAUCAUCAAAUCAUGCUGUGCUGACUUCACUUGUGGAUUCACUUGUAGAACCUUUGCUCAGGGAACUUUACAUCAAGAGUCCAUCUUCUGAUUCUCUUUAUAACAUCGGUUGUGCAUGGUUGCAUAUUGGCAUGCUACGGUUUCAUCUGCUAAACCAAGAUGGUCCUGAUCCUGUGUUGCAGUACUCGUUCAAACAUUCAAAUAUGUUACAUAAGAUCUCCUUCCUUGACCUUGAAAUGAAGGUCCGCCUAGAAUGUGAACGCUUAUCUGGAAGGAACUUAAUGAUUUAUGAUGAAAAUCAGAGAUUGAUUGCAUUGCAAAAGUUCAAGGCGGAAGAGAAAAAAUUACGGGCAAAGGUUGUGUUUCGCCCUGAACCUUCUAGGUAUCGGAACUUACGAUCAGCUUGUGCUGAUUUUAGCAAGCUUCUAUCAUCCUGUAUGGCAUUGGUGGAGAAUCUGAAACACAAGACAGAUAUCCCAUUAAUGGUUGAUAUGGCAUGCAACUGGCAGGCUACAUCAUCCUCAUUCAUUGAGCGACUAUCAGAAGAGUAUGCAGAGUAUAUUGACCUAGUUCAACCAGUUCAAGUAGCUGUUUAUGAAAUGAAGUUGGGUUUAUCACUGGCUCUAUCUAGUGCUCUGGAAAGAGACUAUCUGGAGAAGCUUGAUGGAGAGGAUAUUCAGAAGAUCUUGGAUGAAGUCUAUUCGUUUAUGCAAUUUCCCAGAGACUUGCUUGCUGGGACCAAUCCUGUAAAUAUGAAGGAUAGUGAACCUGAGUUUGAUAUUGGUUUACUGAAAAAGUUAGUUAAUGCUUCAAGUGUGAUUAAUCCAGAGAAAGUGGAUUCACCUCUACAGCUUGAGAAUACAAUUCAAUAUGUUGUUCUCAUUCGAACAGCUGAUAAAAUUUCCUAUUCACGAAUAAUGGGCGAGAACUGCUUCCUGCUGUUGAAUGGUACAUUUGAUCACUUCUCAAAGCUAUGGAUGAGUAUGAAAUCAGAAUUGAAAGCCAAGGAAGGUGAUGAAGCUCAAUACUUUAAGUUCCGACCACGUUUAACUAAACUAGAAGAUAUUAUGGACGAAUAUGUAUCUCCUCUCAGUCAGUUGGAUUCUGAUGGGAGUCUUAUAUCUGAGAGUAACAAAGUGGAACAGGAGUUUAUCGAAAUGAAGAAACCUGCUAAAGAGGAUGAAAAUAUGGAUGAAGAAUGGGACCUUAUUCCAGAGUCCAUUUUGAAGAGUUUGGUAAAAGUCCAUGAUCAGUUAUUUGGAUCAAUUGGUCUCGUUGUAAAACCUGGCAUUUGUUUUCUGGCUAAAGAAGAUAAAAUAUGCUCCUUCUUGGAAUCAUAUAGGUUGGGGGCCAAAAUUAUGAAAGACCUUGAUGUAUUUAGGCCCAUCUUGGAUGACAAACUUAUGCCAGAGCACUUGUUUCGUGUAUGCUUGGAGCAUGAAGAAACGUUAGGCAUAGCUUCCCAAUCAUCUCACGCUUACAAUAUAUACAAGGAUUCAAAUGCUUCAUUAUUACAUAAAAUGGUGAAACCACUCACUGUCAUUCAAGAGCGGGUUAAUUUUUUUCUGAAAGAGUGGCCAGAGCAUCCUGGUCUCCAGAAUUUAUUGCAUGCUAUUGACAAACUCUUGUCAGAACAUCCUAGCACACCUUUGUCUAAGGCUUUACUCAGUCUGCAACUUUUAGUUGGCAGAGCCGAAUUUUUGCAGGAAAAUGCUUCCAUGUUUUCUCUCACGGAUCUGCUCCAUCCAAUUUAUUCUUUGAUCUCUUCAUGGCAAAAACUUGAAUUAGACUGUUGGCCUACUUUACUUGAUGAGGUUGUGGAACAAUAUGAGAAUAAUGCUGGAAAGCUAUGGUUCCCUUUAUACGCAGUUCUCCAUCGUAGAGGAUCUGGUGAUGCUGAGGCUGAUAAACUGUUCACUAUGCAAAGUAUUGAGGACUUUGUUGGAAGUUCCAAUGUUGGAGAGUUCAAGAAACGUCUUAACCUUCUUCUUGCUUUCCAUGGUCAGCUCAAUCAUGGUGUUGUUUUGAAAGCGUAUUCCAGUCCUGCUAUGAGAGAGAAUCUGAACAUCCUGUACAAUGCUUUUGGUUAUUAUGUGCAAUUCAUGCCAUUAGUUUUGGAGCACAUUGAGAAUGGUAGAAGAACUAUAGAAAAAGAUUUGAAAGAGCAUCUUAAGCUUUUACAUUGGGAGCAUCCUCACAACUACUCGUCCAUAGAAAGCUUCAGCAGGGCCAGGCAGAAGAUGCGAAAACUUAUUCAAAAAUUUAAUGAUAUUUUACAACAACCUUUGAUGGUUGUUCUUAACCAAGAAGUAACAUUGAAGAGAGAGAAAAUUCCUGCUUGGCUUGAGAAUUGUACUUGCAAUGAAACAAGUCUAGAUGUGUUGCAGUUUCCUCUUGAUGCCAUGAAACUCAGAAACUCAGAAAGAUUCCUAUGGUGUAAUGGCUGGAGUGACAAGGUUAAAUUGGUACUGAAAACUGAUUUCUUACAAGCUCGAGGUUUGUUAGAUAUCAAACAGUCUUUGAUGCCUGAAACUCCAUAUGAAGGCUUAAAGAAAUUAUGGGAGGAAGGUUGGUCUUCGCUCGAAAGGGUUUGCCAAAAUGCAGCUCAACUUGCUCAUAUCUGGAAACAUGGAACUAAAAAUCUCAGAAAGAGAAGGGCACUAAGCAAUUUGCUAAAGAUUCUUGAAGAGAGUGGGUUAUCAAGGCAUAGAUCUGUAUUGAAUGAGAUUGGAACCAAAUCAGGCCAUCUGAGUGACUUGUACCUUCAGCCUUCAUAUGAAAUGCUACAUUUGCUCCUGCAAGAGUUCUGGCACAAAUAUCCAGGAAAUAUGAGCAUCACUUCCCAGAGCCACUCAGAGAGGCCAGAAGAUGAUAAAGAUGCAUUGAAAUGGAAGUUUGCUAAUCAGUUCUACUUCAGAAACUUGGCUAGCAUGCAGCAACUUAAAGAGAUUUGCCUUGGUUUUAGUAAAGAUCUUAGUUUAGAGCAGGUAAAUCGAGCACUCUCUUUUCUUGAUCAUUUAAUUUUGAUGCAACAAGAGCAAAGAUUUGUUAUAUAUAGUGAAUAUAAGCGGCUGAAGAAACUUCAUCAGCAAUGUCUUCUGUUGCAUAGCAAAGAAGUAAGUGGUGAUUUCAUUAUAGCUAGGAACCAACAUCUCCUACUCAAAUGCAUGUGGGAACAAAAGCAACUAUUUGACAGCUUACUUGCCAUGUCAAGAGAUACAAGUAUGUUGCUUGGAAGCAUAAAAGAUGGUCAUCUGAAUACUUGCAAGAUUACUAGGGAUGGAGCUGACACUGUGUGUCCUGUCAUUGAUAUGUUCAUUCCUAGAUUUUUAAAAUCAAAGGAAAUACUAGACAUGUACCUACUUGGCAAUGAUGGGAUUGUGACAACUGCUACAGAAGUUCCCUGUCUUGUCUCUGAGAAAAUGGAGCAAUUGGUUAUGUCCAAUUUUGAAACAAUUAAUGCUUUUGAAGAAGCUACUCGAGUGUUGGGUUUCCAAAAGGUUGUGAGAUCUGUCGAGGGAACCUUGCUUAAUCGUUUUGGAGAGCUAAUCAACAAGGGCAAGAUGAUAAUGAAGGAAUUCAUUUGUCAGCGUGAUGAGAGUAAUCAAUUCGUCUGUAGAGAAAAUGCCAAGAAUAUUGAACCUUUUUACAGAGAAAAUUAUGAGAGAACAUCUGAACUCAUGAUGGAUGUUUGUGCUAAGCUGUAUGCAUACUAUGGUGACCAUAAUUCUGUUGAAAAAUUGCCUGCUGAGAAUAUAACAUCGUGGAAAGAUCUUUUUCAGUUAUAUAUGAUGAAUCUCCAUCUAGACAGAAUUCAUGAUUCUCUUAGCAUCACAAUUGUUGCAGCGAGCAAACUUGCAAGUUCUGCUGCGAACAGGAAAACUGAAGUUUGUUCUAACAUAGAGAUGCAACUCAAGAAUCUUCGUGAUCCUUUGGACCUUAUUCUAACCUUUGGAGACGGCAUCCUUUCUGAGUUUUUAGAUGCACAUGUAGCGAUAGCUGAAAUGACAAAUGUGCUUGCCCACAUUUUUAUUUUGGUAUUUUCUAAAGGAUUUGGCUCUGCUCAAGAAGAAAUAGAAACCACCACAGGCAAUGGAUCUGAAGAUGCUAGUGGAACUGGUAUGGGGGAGGGUGAAGGCAUUAAUGAUGUAAGUGAUCAGAUUGAGGAUGAAGAUCAGCUCCUUGGUUCCUCCGAGAAGCAGGAAGGACAGGAUAAGUUGGACAAAGGACCCAGUGACAAAGAUAAAGGAAUAGAAAUGGAAGAGGAUUUUGAUGCUGAAACAUUUAGCAUGAGUGGGGAUUCCAAUGAUACUGACCUUGAAGAUGAGGAAGACCUGAACCUGGAUUCUAGGAUGGGACAGACAGCAGAUGGUGAUCAGGUAGUUGAUGAGAAGCCUUGGGAUAGGGAUGAAGAUGGCAAUACUGAAAAUUUAACUGAGAAAUAUGAGUCAGGUCCUGCUGUCAAGAAGACAGAUUCAAGUAGUAGAGAACUCAGAGCAAAAGAUGAUAAUGCCCUUGCCAAGGAGGAUUCAGAAGAGAUGGACAGAGAUGAAAGUGACAGGCUAACUGAGGAGAACAAGGAAUCUGAAAAAAGUGAUGAUGAUUUAAAUGCUGAUGACAUGAUGCUGGACAAAAAUCAAGCAUUUGAAGAUUCAACAGGAAAACAAUUUCAGGAACAGGCACUAGAUUUUGAAGAUGUAGACAUGGAUGAACCGCAAGGUUCAGAUGUCGUGGAUGGAGCUAAUUCUGAACCCAGUGAGUCUGAUGAAGAAAUGAAGGAUGAUGAAAAGUCCAAGCAAAAUGAUGUUGUUGAUGAAAAGUCCAAACAAACUGAUGUUGAUGACAGUUGUAAUCAAGUUGAUGAAAACUCACAGAAUAAAGAAGGGCAAGAGGAAGCUGAAAUUGCAAAUAUGAAUUUAGAGUCGAAUAAAGAAACUUUGGAAUCAGAUAAGAUUGAGCCAUUGGAGUAUCCAGCAGAUGGAACUGAAUCAUUGAAGUCCGCAAGUAAUUCUCAUGGAGUAGACUUCACAAUGGAUGCUGAGAUUUCUUGGGCCAACAGUAAUGACAUGAAUAGUAGCAUUGCUCCAUCAAGGUCUUUACCAUCUGACGAAGUGCCCAAAAUGGAAAUAUCCAUUCCCAACUCUGUUGAUGGUUCAGGGGUUUCUUAUGAUCAAUUUCAGUCAAAACCUGAGAAUUCACAGGACAGUAAUUUGUCCAUGCAAAGAACUAGAACAAAUCCAUACAGAAGUCUAGGAGAUGCCAUGGAAAACUGGAAAGAAAGAGCUAAAGUGUCAGUUGAUACUCAGGAACAUCAGUCAGAAUUAGUUGAGGAUCUUGCUGGUGAGAAUGCAGAAGAAUAUGGAUUUGUGUCUGAGGCUGAAAAGAGCACUUCUCAGGCUCUUGCAGCUGCAACAUCUGACCAAAUCAAAAAUGACUUCAAAGGCAGCAAGUUUUCUGGGGAUGAAAGUCACAAUUUGAAGAAUGAAGAUAAUGAUCGAAGUAAUGUGAUGGAGAGUUCUGAAACGAGCAAUCUUAAAUCCAGACAAGCUUUGAUUCCCAGGGAAAAAGUUGAUGAGAUUCCCGACAUGGCAGUUGAAGGUGAUACAUCAGCAGAAGAAAUGGAACAAUGUAAUUUGCAUAAUCUCUAUGAGGACAUGGUAUCAUUUAAAAGUUCAUACAUGUAUGAAAAAGUACUGCCACUCGAUUCAUCACCAGAUGAUAAGGUGUUAUCCAGGUCCUUGGGAAUUGAAUCAAUAUCUGAUGAGGCGCUGCGAAAAGCUAUCUCAGAAUGGAAAAGAUAUGAAGUGAUCACAACACGAUUGUCUCAGGAAUUGGCCGAACAGCUGCGCCUGGUGAUGGAACCGACUCUCGCAAGCAAGCUUCAGGGGGAUUAUAAGACUGGAAAACGCAUUAACAUGAAGAAGGUUGUACCAUACAUUGCAAGCCAUUUCAGGAAAGAUAAGAUCUGGUUGAGGAGAACCAGACCCAAUAAAAGGAAUUAUCAAGUGGUGGUUGCAGUUGAUGAUUCACGCAGUAUGUCUGAAAGCCACUGUGGAAGUGUAGCUAUUGAGGCACUGGUAACAGUGUGUCGGGCAAUGUCACAACUAGAAGUUGGCCAAUUUGCAGUUGCAAGUUUUGGUGGGAAGGGGAAUAUUAGGUUACUUCACGAUUUUGAUCAGCCAUUUACUGGAGAAGCUGGAGUUAAGAUGAUUUCUAGCUUGUCAUUCAAGCAAGACAACACCAUAGCUGAUGAACCAGUAGUUGAUCUGCUUAAGUACUUGAACGAUAUGCUUGACACUGCAGUAUCAAAAGCACGCAUGCCAUCAGGCCAGAACCCGCUGAACCAGCUCGUUUUGAUAAUAGCUGAUGGAAGGUUUCAUGAGAAGGAAAACUUGAAGCGCUGUGUAAGGGAUGUUUUAAAUCGAAAGCGAUUGAUAGCCUUUAUACUUCUUGAUAGCCCCCAAGAAUCUAUUGAGGAUCUAAUGGAAGCGUCAUUUGAAGGGGAGAAACUUUCUUUUACAAAGUAUCUAAAAACUUUCCCUUUUCCAUACUAUAUCAUACUGAGGAACAUUGAAACACUUCCACGUACACUAGCUGAUUUGUUGAGACAGUGGUUUGAGCUUAUGCAGAACAGCAUGGAGUAAAAUGUGUUAGAUGGUGAGGAACCAUAAUUGUUGCAUAUACAUAACAUAGUGUGUGAAUGGGAGAAGCGAUGCCAGCAGCAGCUGAUGCCGAACAAAGGUCAUCUAAGCAGUUAUGAAAUGGCUCAGCAGUGGUGGUCUGAAAAUGUCGGCUCAGCAGUUAGAUGGUAAGGUCUUCUGUUCUUCCAAAGUUGGCAAUGGACAGCAAAAGCGUUCUUGUUGUAUGCAUGCUUCAGUACACCAAAUGGUUACGUGGUUGGUAUAUGAUGCUUGUGAUCCUCCAAGCAGCAGGUUUUCCUUCAGGAUUUCUGAAUAAUUUUCCAGCGUGGGAGCUAUUUAUAUCUCCACCGCAGUUUACGUCACUGCAAUAUAUACAUGUUUACACCCAAAUUUUGCUUUCAAAAUUGUAUUCUUUUUAUUUUUUGGAUGGAAAAGGGCCAGUUUCAGAGAAUGAAGUAUAGUGAAUGUAUUUAUCAGUCUAGAAUCAUUGUAGCAGCUGUUUUGUAUCUUGGUUCUUUUAUUGUUUUUGAGGUUGGACAAGGAGAAUCUGCUUCAAUGUAAUCACUAAAUUAACAUCAUUAUUUCAAUUUUAUUGCAGAGUGAGUUUUUAUAA